UCUGGUAGAUUUGCUGUUGUGAUAAACGUUUACUUUAAAACAAAUAAAAUGCACCAAUGAGUAAAAUAAAUUAAACACAAUUUUCCCAUUAUAUGAUGCUUAGCACACGUUUGCCGACAUAUGUAAAACGGUAAGCGAUUAUCUCUGUUGAUACCCAUAUAUUUGCAAGAACAUCUACUGGCAUUGUUGUUUUGUUUGUUUCUACAUUAUUGGAGCAUCGGACAACAGACCGCCGCAUGAUUGAAAACCGGAUAAGGAAUAACUCCAGGUGUUUCAACUGAGAUCUGCUGGAUAAAACAUUGUAAAAUGAUGUUUAUUAAAGAAGAGAGUGAGGACAUGAGUUAUCCAGAAUCAUGCGGUUCAAAUGUCAUGAAAAAUGAAGAUACUUUGGAACAAAGAGAUCUGAUGGAUGUGAAAGAGGAAAGUCAAGAACCGAAUGAAGGGGAAGGGAAAUGCUAUCCAGAUCAGACAAUUUAUAGUUUUAAAAUGGAACAAAACUCUUUUAGUGGCUCGCAGACUAAAAGUAUUUUCUCACUAAAAAGAACUCAAAGAACAAGAGGCAAAAACUCUUUCACCUGUGACCAGUGUGGGAAUACUUUUACAUGUAAGGCGAGUCUUAAUAAGCACAUAAGAAUUCACACUGGCGAGAAGCCCUUCACAUGCCAUCAGUGUGGAAAGAGUUUCAGAGAGGCGUGUAGUCUCAAAAAUCAUCUGUCUGUGCACUCUGGAGAAAGGUCAUUUAGCUGUGAUCAGUGCUGCAAAACAUUUUUUUCAGCAUCAGUCUUAAGAAAACACCUGAAAGUUCAUGCAAAUAAGAGGCCUUUGUGUUCUAUUUGUGGAAAGAAUUUUACAUUCCUGCACAAUUUAAAACGGCACCAGAUUUUGCAUACUGGUGUGAAAGAUCACGUGUGCUCUGAGUGUGGGAAGGCCUUUUACAAAGCGUAUGACUUAGAAUGUCACUUUAGAGUCCAUACUGGAGAAAAACCUUACAAGUGCUCACACUGUGAAAAGAGAUUCUCUCAUUCAGGAAACCUGAAGAAACAUGAGAAAGUGCACACUGGAGAGAAGCCGUACCACUGCGCUUCAUGUGGGAAGAGUUUCACCCAAUCAAGUAAUCUACAGGCUCAUAGAAGAAAUAAUUGUGCAGGUUUGUCACAGUGAGCAAAGUUAAUCUUUAUUUGCCUGGCAAAUUGGGAUGAAAUGUAGAAAUAACAAGAUAGAAUUUCUCUGAAAAGAACAAUUACAAUUAAGUGGGUGAAUCGCUGUCAUUGUAUGUAAGUGGAAGAAGGAUGUUUGUACUUUCUUAACAAACUAAAAGUCAAAGUGUUUGUUACAUAAAUCUAUUGCAAUACUGGCAGAUGUCUUCCAGAAGUAAACACAAACAUCAAGCAGACUUCUGGGUGAUGUAUGUGUGCUAUGAGGGAAUGAUGGUGACUCUCAACACUACAUUAUUAAAGGAAAAGAACAAACACAUGGUGGGGUUCAAAAGCCUGAUUCAAAUGAACCUGAAAUAAAAUUUCAGGAUUUUGACAAAUGUCAUAAAAGAAAUAUGAAAUUUCAUUUUAAGGUUUCACACAAUUUCUAGGUCAUUAAUCAAAUAAUAAAAUGUUA